UUCUACAAAGCAUUUGCAGGAAACAUCAAGUGUUCCAAAUGCCCUCCUCACAGCUUCACCUACGAUGCAGGCUCUCCGAUCUGCAGUUGUGAAAAUGGGUACUUCAGGGCAGAGAAGGACCCACCUACCAUGUCAUGCACAAGGCCACCUUCUCCUCCUCGGAAUGUCAUUUUCAACAUCAACGAGAGCUCGCUGUUUCUAGAGUGGAGCCCUCCCAGUGACAUGGGAGGCAGGAAGGAUCUUACCUACAACGUGAUGUGUAAGAAGUGUGGGGCUGAGCCCAGGGACUGUGAGCUGUGUGGAGAAGGCAUGCGCUUCAUCCCCCGACAUGUGGGCCUGACCAACUCCUCGGUGACUGUACUGGACUUCGUCGCUCAUGCUAACUACACCUUCGAGAUUGAGUCUUUGAAUGCUGUCUCCGAGUUCAGCUCAUUCCCCAGGCCUGUGACAGCCAUCACCAUUACUACUGACCAAGCUGGGCCCUCCCUGAUUGGAAUGGUGAGGAAGGACUGGGCCUCUCAGAACAGCAUUGCCCUCUCAUGGCAGGAGCAUGAGCAGCCCAGCCCAGCCAUCCUGGACUAUGAGAUCAAGUACUAUGAGAAGGAACAUGAAGAGCUCAGCUACUCUUCAACCAGAUCCAAGGCAGCCAGUGUCAUCAUAACGGGACUCAAACCCACAACAAAGUACGUGUUUCACAUUCGUGCAAGAAGCGCAGCAGGAUACAGCAGCUACAGCCCCAGAUACGAGUAUGAGACGAGCGACGAGACUUCUGACAUGGCUGCAGACCAGGGGCAGGUUCUGGUCAUCGCCACGGCAGCGGUCGGGGGAUUUGCUCUGCUAGUGAUCCUCACGCUCUUCUUCCUGAUAACAGGACGGUGUCAGUGGUAUAUCAAAGCUAAGAUGAAGUCUGAAGAGAAGAGAAGGACACACUUCCAGAACGGACACAUACGAUUCCCAGGAAUAAAAACGUAUGUUGACCCUGAUACUUACGAAGACCCAACACAAGCAGUCCAUGAGUUUGCCAAGGAGAUCGAUCCUUCCACAAUCCGGAUAGAGAGAGUCAUCGGGGCAGGGGAAUUUGGUGAAGUGUGCAGCGGGCGUUUGAAGAGUCCUGGUAAAAGAGAGAUCCCCGUGGCCAUCAAGACCCUAAAGGGUGGCUAUGUGGAUAGACAGAGGCGGGACUUCCUUCGAGAGGCCAGCAUCAUGGGACAGUUUGAUCACCCCAACAUCAUCCGUCUGGAAGGAGUCGUUACUAAGAGCAGGCCAGUAAUGAUCGUGGUUGAAUAUAUGGAGAAUGGAUCCUUGGAUACCUUUCUGCGGAAGCACGACGGCCACUUCACUGUGAUCCAGCUGGUGGGCAUGCUGCGCGGCAUUGCCUCUGGGAUGAAGUAUCUCUCUGAUAUGGGCUACGUUCACAGAGACCUGGCGGCUCGCAACAUCCUGGUCAACAGCAACCUGGUGUGUAAGGUGUCAGACUUCGGGCUGUCGCGUGUCUUGGAGGACGACCCUGAGGCUGCCUACACAACCAGUGGUGGAAAAAUCCCAAUCCGAUGGACAGCACCGGAAGCGAUAGCAUACAGGAAGUUUUCCUCAGCCAGCGACAUCUGGAGUUACGGAAUUGUGAUGUGGGAAGUGAUGUCAUAUGGAGAGAGGCCUUACUGGGAGAUGUCCAAUCAGGAUGUGAUUCUUUCAAUUGAAGAAGGGUACCGUCUUCCUGCCCCUAUGGGGUGCCCAAUGACCCUCCACCAGCUCAUGUUGCAAUGCUGGCAGAAGGAGAGGAGCCACCGGCCCACCUUCACAGAGCUUGUGAGCUUUCUGGACAAGCUGAUCCGCAACCCCAGCAGCCUGCAGACACUGGUGGAGGAUGUGCAAGGUUUUCCGGAAUCCCCUGGAGAUGUCCCAGAAUACCCCUUGUUUAUCUCCAUUGGUGAUUGGCUGGACUCAAUAAAGAUGAGCCAGUACAAGAACAACUUCAUGGCUUCAGGCUUCACUACACUGGACUGUGUUUCACGGAUGAGCAUCGAUGAUGUCAGGAGGAUUGGAGUCACACUAAUUGGCCACCAGAGAAGAAUAGUGAGCAGUAUACAAACGUUGAGGUUGCAGAUGAUGCACUUACAAGAGAAUGGAUUUCAUGUAUGAAAAACAGACAACAGUCCAUGUCCUGUGCCUCAGCAAUUUCAAUUGGAAGACUUUUUUUUUUUCCAACUGCAAGACUUGCAACAGCUUGUGUGUCUAGAACAUUUUUCAGAUAUGAAGUACACAAAGUGGCUUCCUUUGACUUCCAAUAAAGAUGCUCUCAAUAAUCAAGACUGUUUUCAAAGACUGGAAGGAGAUCCAGUCCAACUAAUGGAGGCUUGAUGAUUGCUUUUCACUUUAAGUAAUAUUUCACGGUUGUAUGGUCGAAUAAUACAACAGUAUUACUACAUUUAGAAUGGUAUGGUAUAUUUGGGGACAUACUGUAAUCUAUAUUUUACUUUUCAUGUUUAGUGACCAUGUAGCUGCUAAUAUCAGAUGUGCAAUCAAAAGACUGUCCUUAAUAUAAGAAUUAUUUUAUAGUUUAUUAAGAGUCAUGGGGUAUUAUUCUAUGUUUUUUAAUGCUUCCCAGGAUAACUGGUAUGGUGAUACUUGAAACUGUUAACAGCCUAUUUAAAUAAGAACUACUGAAUGUUGUCAACUUUAAAGUGUAUAAUCCAUUUACAGAUUAUUAUCUUAACCUGUUAUUUAUAUGUGUGAAGUCCUCUAUGUGAAAACCCUAGUCAACUUUGAUUAUGUUUUAGUUUUUUUUUUUUUUUUGUCAGUUCUUUAAUUACUGUUUUAUUUAACACAGCAAUAUAUGCAGUUGUUUUUAAGCAAAAGCUCAACAAUCUUUAUUUGAUUCAGAUAGACAUAUUUAACAGUAGAGUAAUUUUGAUCCCAGGCACUCCAGUUUUGAGUUGUAAGCUAGAAUGCAGUUUCACAGGGGAAAAUAAGUGUUUUAAUCCCAAACAGCUAGUUUAGUUUAGCCCCUCUCAUAUUAACUACCUGUGCUAUAGGGGUCGUGUUGGAACAGCACAUUGUAGUGGGUAAUUUAGAAAGCAAUUUGAGUUGUACAAUAUCUGUGAACUGGUUGUUGUGCAGUAACUUUGAAAAUAAUGUAUUGUGAGGUCAUAAAGUUAAAAUGUGAGUUGCUUGCAGAAAAUGAUGAGAAAACACAGUGUGGUGCAAGGCCAAUGCCCCCCAUUCUUACUCAUUCUUAGCAAUGGGCCAUUUACUGCCAUGUUUGGGUUGGAUAAGCCCUCUGGAGGGGAAAUGGGUGUAUUGCACCCAUGCAAAAAAAGAAAAAAGGGUUCAUGGAGAAAUCUAUUCUGGAAAAUGGAGUAAAUAAAAUAGGGGCAUAAGAGAAAAAAGAGAGAUAAAGAGCCUGGGGAUCAGUAAAAAAAAAAAAAAAGUAUGCCAUAUAUUUGCCAUGCAGCACCUACUCGUGUACCUCUUAAUAACAAAAUUCUCUCAAGAUGCGUUCAGCUACAUGUGCAGCGCGCCUUCCCAGGUAAAAGCUUGAGACUGGCUCUGCUCUCAUGGCAGUAUGCAAAGACAAUGAAUGCAUAGGAACUGGUGUUUAGCAAAUGUUACUGCUGAGCAAUGUAAUGAGAUUUUUUGUACAAAGUACAAGUUACUUAUAAUUCUUGUAUUUUAUUUUUCUAUAAUUUCCAAAGAGGCAUUGUCAGGUCUUACAGACUAUAUAUGCGCCUGUUUAUGAAGAUAUUUAUUAGCAAAUAAAAGUUCUAGUUCUGAUGGUUACCUAUAGCAUCUGACUCGUGAGUAUUUAUUUACCGUAACAGUCUUUAGGUAAACCAGCCAUAAUAGGAAGAGUCCAAGCCAGCAUGGAUUGUACUUUCCCUUCAGGAUAUUUGCAGGAAUUAAACUGAAUUACAACAGGCAUGUGAAAUAAACCACAACAUGUACUACUGUAAGUUAAAAUCACAUAAUAAGCAUACACUGACUGCACGAGACAUGAAUGAGCCGCUA